AUGAGCGCGUAUACGAAAUCGAUCGCGGUCUCAGCCAAGCCCAUAGCGCUUUUCACAGUCACAUUCGGCAUCACAGUCUCCAUCGUGCUUCUCAACCGCCCAAACCCGCUUCCGAUUCAACCCGACCCGAUGGCGCGGAGCUUUGUGCUGUGGCUGCACGGGCUGGGCGAUUCGGGCCCUGCCAACGAGCCAAUCAGGACGUUCUUCACUUCUUCGGUGUUCAGGAAUACCAACUGGUCCUUCCCUUCAGCUCCUUCCAAUCCUGUUACCUGUAAUUACGGUGCUGUGAUGCCUUCAUGGUUUGACAUUCAUGAGAUACCGGUGACGGCUGACUCUCCAAAUGAUGAGAGUGGUUUGCUCAAAGCAGUUCAAAAUGUCCAUGCGAUGAUAGACAAAGAGAUAACUGCAGGAACCAAUCCCAAAAAUGUCUUUGUGUGUGGCUUCAGUCAAGGAGGUGCCUUGACAUUGGCAAGUGUUUUGUUGUAUCCAAAAACCCUUGGUGGAGGUUCCGUAUUUAGUGGAUGGGUUCCUUUUAGUUCAUCAAUUUUGGAACGAGUCACAGCAGAUGCAAAAAAGACACCUAUCCUGUGGUCCCAUGGGAUGGCGGACAGAACCGUACUUUUCGAAGCUGGACAAGCUGGACCACCCUUUCUUGAAAAAGCCGGUAUAAGCUGUGAAUUCAAGGCUUACCCUGGUUUGGCUCACUCCAUAAGUCAAGAAGAGCUAAGUUAUUUGGAAUCGUGGAUAAAAUCUCGUCUUCAGAGUUCGUCUUGA